AUGUCGUCAUCCAAAAUCCCAUUUGUGGUUUCAGACACCAGCCGAGAGAAACUGUUGUCGGAUGAAAACAAUCAGGACAUCCAGAAGCAGUUCAAGUGUGCCAGGAAGUCCAGUGUAACUGCAGGAUGCAAAGCAGAGUCAUAUUCUGUGGCAGGCAGUACCAUCAGUAUUACCCCAUCAAUGGGCCCUGUGCCCCACCAGGCCUCAGGCAGUUCCAGCCCCUGCUCACACUCCUCGUUUGGAGGAUCACGGCACCCUGUUAGCGCCCUCAAGAAAUGGCUCACCAAUCCCGUCCGCAAGCUGAGCUCUGAUGCCAGAGGAGGAGCAGGAAAAGUCGAGAAGCAGAUGUGCAGGUCAGACAGGAGGCAGCAGCUAUUGCUCUUUUCUCACAAUGAAAGUCAGCCGAGGCCUCUGGAACCGCACAACAACUGUACCAUCCUCUCGCCAGGAGACACGGUGUUUAAAGACGGUCUGUUGAGUCCAGCAACUCCUUCUCCUACACAGCCACCCUGUCAGAGACACACAGACACAGACACACAGACUCUUAGUCAAAAGUCCAGCAUCAACACUCUCCAAGGGGAAGAUGGCUGCACUGUGACUGAUGACUCAGCCAGCCAGGGGUCUGCUUCAGUGGACAGCGAAGAGGAGAGAAACAUUGCCUUAGAGAAGAGCAUAUAUGUGCUGACAGAGCUGAUAGAAACAGAAAGGUUGUAUGUGGAAGAUCUUGGACUCAUAGUGCAGGGCUACAUGGGCACCAUGGCCAAUCAAGUAGUUCCAGAGGACCUAAAAGGGAAGGACAGGAUUGUGUUUGGAAACAUCCGCCAGAUCUACGACUGGCAUAAGAAUUAUUUGCUGGGAGAGCUAGAGAAAUGUGUGGGUGAUCCUGACCGCCUGGCCCAGCUCUUCAUCAAACAUGAACGGCGUCUUCACAUGUAUGUGGUUUACUGUCAGAACAAACCAAAAUCAGAACACAUUGUCUCAGAGUACAUCGAGACCUACUUUGAGGAUCUCAGGCAGCAGUUGGGUCACAGGCUGCAGCUUAAUGAUCUGCUAAUCAAACCUGUUCAGAGGAUCAUGAAGUAUCAACUACUACUGAAGGACUUCCUGAAGUACUAUAGCAAAGCUGGAAGAGAUGUUGAGGAGCUGCAGGCGGCGGUGGAUGUGAUGUGUUUUGUGCCAAAACGCUGCAAUGAUAUGAUGAACGUGGGCAGGCUCCAAGGUUUUGAGGGAAAAAUAACGGCUCAGGGGAAGUUGCUCCAGCAGGAUACCUUCUCUGUCAGUGAGCAGGAAAGCAGCUUCCCGUCCAGAGCAAAGGAGAGGAGGGUCUUUCUGUUUGAGCAGCUGGUCAUCUUUAGUGAGCCAAUUGACAAGAAAAAGGGCUUCUCUUUGCCAGGGUACACUUUUAAGAACAGCAUCAAGGUCAGCGUUUGGGGGGGAAGACCCUCGAGAAUAUUUGCUCUUUGGGGGUUUGACCCCCGGGGAAAUGGCAGUUGUGAGCCGGGUCCAAAGGAAUUCCCCCAAAACACAAGGGGAAGACCAACGAGGGAAAGCAAAUCAAACAGCCCCGGGCAGGAAAGUGAAACUCCCUGCGUCGAAUCUGGCCUGCGACCUCACUCUCGAUCCAUGGGCCGAAAAGCCGAAGUCUGCCCGUUUUUGAACACCUCCCCGCCCUCCUUUCAUCCGCCACCCCACACCCGGCCCCUCAGUUUUCACAGAGGUGAACAGGCCGCCCCCACUCCCAAAGGCCUCCCGCACAGAGAGAUUGUUUUUUCCCCUCAGGUUGUGACUUCCAGUUUCCACAAGACCACAUUGAACGAGGGUGCACAUCAACCAAACAACCAGGGUCAUCUGAAGGAGAGCUAGCAGUAAAAUUAUCUACGAUGACAAAUGAACUCACAUUACUUUCCUGCAGUAGGAGUGCCUCAACUGAGUUAGAGUGAUCUGUCAGCAUUGUUUGUUUCACUCCUGUACAGUUCUCUCAAGUUCUCACUGUCUCCCUUCUUUACAUUUUGCCCUUAAUUUCCCUCCAAAUAUCCUUCAAAUACCACUAUAGUUUAGCCUAAUCUGGAUUUGAUCUUGUAUAAUAAUAUUGGAUUGUGUGUGUGUGUACAUACAUAUUUGCACAUGCACACAUGUACAGAUGGUGAAAUGUGUGAAAAUGUGGUUUUGAUAAACCACAGAGACUUUACUUCAUAUUGUACGUAUACAUAUUUCUUACUUUUUUCAUUAAAAUUCAUGGAUUCAUAUUUUUGUAAUUCAUAAUAUUUUCAUAAAGGACCAAUUCCACUUUAUUUUCCUUGAGAACUCUAAUCUCAAAUCCCUUCAUGCAGUCAUUCUCUGUGUUCUCAAAUGUCUGCAUCCUUGAAAUCACAGUUUCUAGCGUCACUGUGGACUCUGAAUCCAUACAAGUUAUGUAUGUCUGUGUGUUCCCUGUGAACACUGUGUGUUCCUUGAGAAAAUACAGUAGAUGUUUUCCCUUUGGUGGGCUAUUUUAACCCUGCAAUUGUUUUACUGUUAUCUGAACCAAACACAUUUGCAUCUCACACGGAGCACACGUCCUAUUCAAGCAGAAAAAGGAAAAAGGGAACACAAAGGUGCUCACUGGUCACUGUCACGUUGAAUGUAAAUAAUCUCAUAUGGGAUCAUAUCAAUAAAGUUUUUUGACUU